AUGUCUUCGGACAGAUGGGAGGGGAAGUGUUUGGCCCAGACAUUCCGCGCUAGACGGAUAGACGAUAUGUGGGACUUUCUUAGCGCCCACCUACUCCAUCCUUGUAUAGUCAGACGCCUUCUGGAUACGGGUUUCUAUAGGAUCAUAGAGAUCGGCCGGUUGCAAUUGGACUGGUCGUUGAUCACGGCUUUGAUAGAGCGGUGGCGACCGGAGACGCACACAUUUUAUUUAUCCAUUGGCGAGGCUAUUAUCACGCUUCAGAACGUGGAGGUUCUGUAUGGGCUGCCGGUUGAUGAACAUCCUAUAGCUUAUCCGCAUGCUCUCAGAGAAUAUACGGGAUUGUCGUACCUGGAGAUGUUGCGGCGGCUCACCGGUUUCCAGCCAACGGAAGAGGCUACAUUUAGUGGGUAUAGUCGUUUGCAGUUGACGCCAGUCCGACUGCAUCUGGAGGCGAUGAAUGCGGACAUUACAGAUGAUAUACUGGAUCUUCAUAUUGACCGGUACACGAGAUUGUUGAUGUUGCUUAUGUUUAGUGUGGCAUUGUUCCCAAACACUUCGGAAAACCUAGUCAGCUUGAGAUUUCUUCAUCAUCUUAAGCGGUUAGAUGAUUUACCUGGUUACAGCUGGGGUGCAACUAUUCUAGGUUACUUGUAUAGGCAGAUAUGUCGGGCGAGCAUAGGCACCCAGUGA